GUUUCUUUUCUGAAUUCACUCACACUUGCCCCAAUAUACUUGCUAUAUUUCUAGGAUUGGUACUACAGAGAAAGGUCAUAUUACCUUGAAUUUGUCAGUGGAAAAACCUCCUGGUCAUUCUUCAAUGCCACCUCGUGAAACCAGCAUUGGGAUCCUUUCUGCAGCUGUGUCCAGGUGAAGAGACAGUGCUUUAGAGUGCUAAGGAAAUGUUGCAGUAUGUGAUUUUCUUUUUUUGUAUAACAUUUUAUUGAGUGUUAUUGAUGCUGGGGCACAUGAGUGCAAAAUCAACAAACAAAGCAUGUAAAAAUACAGAGAAAAAUUUCCUUUAUACCUGAUCGAUUGUGCACUAAAACCUUUUUUCUCACAUAUAGCGACAGUACACUAUAGAUGUUCUGGAUUUAUAGGAACUGGUAACCUCAUUUUGAAAAUAAAACCGGAUUAGAACUUCCACCAGGCUGUUUAAAUACCUUAUAUUAUUCUCAGACACUCUUUGUAAAGAUCUGGAAGGAACCUAAACCUUACAGAGCUAAGUAACAACAAGUAGACUCUCAAUGUACCGGUCCUUAGAGUGAAACACAAGGAAUGCGUUGUUGGGCUACUAGAACUACAACAGGUCAACAUGGAGUGGGAGAGGUAAGUAUAUAUAGGCAGUACUUAGUUUCUCUUGGCCCACGUUAUGGUGGAAUUCUUUAUGAAUCAUGGAUGAUAAAAAACCUUUUUUGACAGUCACAAUUAUGCAGUGCGCCAGUGUACACCGUCACAGAGAAUGCUGGAGGGCCAAGGUAAGUGACUAGCGAUACUUACUCUCAGCCCUUGUCGCAGGACAGGCAGCUGACAGGAUAGAAAGGUUGUUGGUGGGAUAACACGGUUUGCUGGUUAGGGAGGCUGUUGCAGGCUGACCUAUCUGGGCAGUAUCUUCAGUUUCACAGUUAAAACUCUGACUGGGUGUUGGAAAUGGAGGAUGUGAGACCCGGACUUGGGAGGCAGAACUUAAAGGAGAGAAAAAUUUACCACCUCCUCCACAAAAGCUUAAAGCUACACACAAAACUAAGCACGUCAUAGGUGCAGAUGGUGCCAUUCCGCUCCCAGAUGGAGAAAAAUUUAAUAUUGUUACUACUGCUGUACAGCCUCUAUUGAGAAAUCUCAGCAUAAUUAAAUACAAUUAUUCCUUGCCUGGUUUCAGGGUUAUUGCAACAAAGGUUAUUUCUGAAUUUAAAGAGCUAGCAAUGCAGAUAACUGCUGCUCUUAUAGAAAAAAAAGAGAUCGAGUUCUCCAUCAUCUUCUGAGUUAUUCGUAGGUGAUUGUUCAAGGAGCUCAUAUACAUCUGAAAGGGCAAGUAAAGACUGAUUUGGAAACAGUUUCUUUUUUUUUAUUUUGUUUUUCAAUUCUUUAUUUAAUACUGCAGAUGAGAUACAGUUGUAUGUUUAAUUAUCGUAUGAGAGCUAACCCAUAACCGCAAACCUCAGAAGACGCAGGAGACACAUGUUGUAGUGGAGGUAUGUGUCUUUUAGAAAGGUACAUAGUAUUAGAAUACAAACUAUAGUACUAUGAAGUACAUUUAAGAACAUGUGUGAUGAAUGUAUGUGAAAUUUCUCAAAUCAAUAUAGGAAAUAGUACAAAGAAUAACAUGAAUAGACAUAUCAAGGUAUACUACUCACCUUAUAGUGGAACAUUAUUCAAAGAUUGACAUAACCCUGUAAAGAAAAAAGAAGAGAAGACAAAGAAUAGAGUUGGUUAAGGAAGAAGUAUGAAAUAAAUAAGAGGAAAAAUAAAGAUAAUGGAAAAAAGGCAAGCAAAAGAAUAAGUAAAAAGGUAAUUAUGACCCACUGUGGAUUCAAAGUACAGCCUUUAGAUAUUACAGUAAAAGUUGAUUAUCUGGGUCAUAUUCCAACCACAUGUCCAAGGUUUUAUGGAAAAAAGGAAGAGCGUUUGGAACCAGGGCAGUAAAUCUGUCCAUAUCAUAGUUUGCUUUGACCUUAACCUCAAUCUCUCUUCUUAACGUAAUCCUAUAUCCAUUUAGCUGCAAGUAAUAUUUGAGCUGCCAACAUUAUCUUAUUAUAUAACCUUUGCAAAUGGGAUCGAAUGCCCUCCACUGGGCAUGAAAGCAACAUCAAUUUUGGUUGAAUAGUCUAUGAAAAACGUCUUUGGGAAAGCCUUCCACCUCCCUCCAGAACAUUGCUAAUUUAGUGCAUCCCCACCACAUAUGGUGGUAAGAACCUAUGUGACCACAGCCUCUUCAACAGAGGUUUAUAUAGGAUCUCCCCAUUUGAUGUAACAGAACCAGUGCUGGAUGCCAGCAGUAUAGAUUCUUAUACAUUUGUUCUUGGAAGACACCGCAGACUAAAACCUUAGCGGCUGCCUUAAACAUGUCUUCCACGCAGUGCCCUCUAACUCUUCUCCAAGAUCCCUCUCUUAAACACCUCAAAGAACUUGAGCCAAUUUUCUUCUGCUUUCUUAAUCCCUUUAGAUUGGGCAAAGUUACGGAUUUACUGGAAAUAAUCUCUAUUAGUAAGAGGAGAAACUGCAAUUCUUGAAAUGUGGGAAACUUCUCCAUAAUCCACAAAUGUUAAGUACCUUUUGCAUCCCCGCAUUCUCUAGGCAUCCCAAGGCUUCAAUCCCAGUGUAAAUAAUCUGUUACAGAGGCGAUGGGCUUGAUGCUAGCAAACCAGCCUCUAAAAUUGUCCCAUAAGUGUAAAUGAGGUGGCUGUAGCGAUGCUUGGUUCUUCUGUUGUCCGCAGGACACAGGACUACUUUGCAAUACCCAUUUGCAAUAAACAAUCCAGUCCCAAUGGGCAAAUUACAUCUCAUUUCUUCUACGAAAAUGUUAGGGAUGUGCAUGGGGAAAAUAUUCUGUUCAGCACUUCAGUUCGACACUUUGGAACUAAAGCAACUUCGGCACUUCAGGGACUUAUGUUCUCUUGCAGCCGCUUAGUAGAUAACUCCCUAAUUCCCACGGUAUUAGGGAGCUAUCUACCAAAAGGCUGAAAGACCUAAAUUGGUAUUUCAGUCAAAUUUAGUAAUACCAAGUAAAGAUGACUUAUUAGUAGUAAAUUCUGCCCCUACUUGCUAUACCGCGAGUAGGGGCAUGUCUAGUAAACAGUGAGCAGCCCAACCCCCACAGGCUCACGGUAUAGCGAGUAGGGGCAGAAUUUACUAAGGCCGUAAAGGUUUAGAUAUUAAGAAAAUGCAUUAAGUUUGACCCCAGUUGCACAGUGAGCAGAAUAUGCCUCCCUUCCAAGUCACCUAUUGUAUUCACCACCUUAAAAUACAUUGGGGCAUUAAGAAUAUUGCAACACCACUAUGUUUAUGGAGGGUACUGGAGAUGUAGGCCUGAGUAUAUAUGAUCGGAUAGGGAAAUCUGUCUGUCGGGUGGGGCAAAAUAAAUUGAGCCAAGAGCUCAUUAUAUUGUGUAUUUUGGAAGGUUUUCUACGUCAAAGCAAGUUCCAGGAAAUGAAAUAGGAAUGGAGAUGUAAGUAAUGUCCGAGUUACCUCACCGGUCACCAAUCAUGGGGAUUACCAAUCUGCUAGACUGCCAUUUUCCCAGCCUCUUCUAGCUACUCCAGCAACACUAAUGCUGGCUGCUGCGCACAUGCACACAUUUUUAUGAAACGGCGCAUGUGCGCUGGUGUAAUGACAUUUGAAAAUGACAAACUGAGGCGAAAUCACAGCUCUCUUAUAUUUUGGGGUGUGGUUAAAGCAAUUAAUCCCGCAUCCUACAAAACCUCUAGUGCACAGUUCUUUAUUCUUAUAAGGAAGACAUUCCAAAAUAUUCAAUCUCCUAAUAAAAUGAGACAUAGAAAAGAUUCCAGUCAAAGAACAAUUUCAAGGGGUCUAUUACAGGUUAUUUCUGUUGGAGACAUCAGAUGGAUCUCUUUUUGAAUGGUUCUGGAUUUUAAGAGAAUCAACAGAUGCAUAGCUUACCAGAAAAUUUGUAUGGAGACUAUACCAUUCAUCAUAUUCUUCAAGAAAAAGAUCUAAUGGCUACUCUAGAUCUAAAAGAGGCCAAUCUCCAUGUUUUGAUGGAUGUGUCAGCAAGGAAAUUCUUCAGUAAAGCAGUAAUGGUAAAACAGAGGAUGCUAUAUUGUCAAUUCAAGGCCCUUCAAUUUGGGUUCUCUACUACCCCAAUAAUCUUUACAAAGAUUAUGCUUCCUUUGACCUCUUACCUAGCACAACAUGGAGUGGUACUGAAAACAUACGUGGACUAUAGGUUUCUCAUGGCAGGUUCAAGACACUAUAAUAAGAAAUCAUUCAUAUAACAAUUCAUGUUCUCCAAUUGGAAGUUUGUUUCUCCCUGCUCAAGAGCCAGAUUAAGAUCUUUGCAAUGGGAAAUACUGCAGACAGAUAACAAGGAUCAAGAAGCAUUGGAAGCAGACAUGGUUAUUUCAGGGAAAUAAUUUGAUAAUGCUCUCAAAACUUCUGUUUCAAAUACUAGGAAGGCAUUCUAUAAAUAUGGAAACAAGAGUGGAAAGCUAUUAGCUUGAGCACUCAGAGAAGGUAGAAAAAGAAUAGUUUGUUAGUAAGAUACAACAUGACGGCUGAACCCUGGUGACCCCGUGGACAAAGCUGAUGGGUUAUACCAGUUUUAUUCAGCGAUUUACAGCAUCGAUGAGAACACAUCUCGAGACCUUGAUCCCCUUGUCAGUGGCUGAGUGGCUCAGCUAUAUUUUGCAAUACAUUACCAAGCCUCGAAGAACCAAACACACCGGAUGGGGAGAGAUAAAUUAUCAAAAAAUGGGAAGAGCCCCGACCCUGAUGGUUUUAUGUCAAACUAUUACAGAACAUAUGCAAAUUUGCUGACCCCACACCUUCUUCAUAUACUGAAACCUAUUAAACAGGGAAACUGACUUGAUUCUGCCUUCCAGGCACAUAUUUUGGUGCUACCCAAGGAGGGGAAGGAUUGUGUUAGAGCUACCGACCAAUCUACCUGUUGAAUGCUGCUUGCAGCCACAUUUCCCUGGCCUCAUCCACCCAAACCCGGUGGGUUUUUGUCCUGGGAAGAAAGGCAUGCAACAGUACUACCAGAGUUCUUAAUAUGAUAUACAAUGCUUCAAGAGAUUGAAGCCCCUCAUUACUUAUUUUGCCAGAUGCAGAAAAGGUGGUCGACAAGGUAGAUUGGACCUUUCGUUUUGCGGUGUUGCGUCGAGUUGGCCUGGGACCAAAUAUGCUGGCUUCAAUUUUGGAGUUGCAUUUUGGUCCUUUUGCACGCUUGUGUGUGAAAAAUGUCCUUUCUCAUCAAAAAGGGCACUAGACAGUGGUGUCCCCUAUCUCCCCUCCUAUUCAUAUUGCGUGGUGACAUAUGUGGAUGACCUUCUUUUUUCUAUCACAAAUCCUACAUACCUAUCAAAUCUGAAAGUAAAUUUUACGAAAGUAAAUUAGAUGUUCUCAACCUUACAUACAAGGCGUCACUGGUAGCCACUGUGAAAACUGGGUGUAAUUUCAGGUGGUGCAGUGUAGCAAUGAAGUAUCUAGGCACCAUGAUAACCUCCGAUCUUGUUUAGACAUUCUUGCUAAACUUCACUCCCCUACUAACUUGAGUUAGGCAGGGCCUGCAGAAUUGGUCUCUACAGCAUAUCACCUGGUUUGGCAGACUGGGAGUCUUGAAUAUGAACAUUCUGUCUUACUUCUUGUACCUCCUACAAUUUUUACCAGUCCACGUCCCUCAGGACUUCUUCGAACAGACUCAACGGAUCUUCCUGGAAUACUUCUGGCGCAUCCGCAAGGCAAACCUGCAGUACGACACCUUCAUUAGAAACAUAGAAACAUAGAAUGUGACGGCAGAUAAGAACCAUUCGGCCCAUCUAGUCUGCCCAAUUUUCUAAAAACGUUCAUUAGUCCCUAGCCUUAUGUUAUAGUUAGGAUAGCCUUAUGCCUAUCCCAUGCAUGCUUAAACUCCUUUACUGUGUUAACCUCUACCACUUCAGCUGGAAGGCUAUUCCAUGCAUCCACUACCCUCUCAGUAAAGUAAUACUUCCUGAUAUUAUUUUUAAACCUUUGUCCCUCUAAUUUAAGACUAUGUCCUCUUGUUGUGGUAGUUUCUCUUCUUUUAAAUAUAGUCUCCUCCUUUAAUAAAUAUCCUCCAUAAAUAUCUUUAUGUUAACGUACAAAACCUCAACUGGCACCAAGUUUCAGGAAUCUGGCUUUAAACUUCUCACACAUUGCUACAAUACCCCUGAAAAGAUAUCGCACGAACAGGAUCCCGAAGGCUGACGUUGUGGGAGGGAAUUGUGCACAUUAUUUCAUGUUUUUCACUGGUUAGUUAAUGUUAGGCCUGGAUUGCAAGACCUGGCCACAUACCACAGAUCUGUACACUUACAACAGAUAGUAGAGUGGAAUAUUGCACCCCUGGACAAACUCUGGGCACAUCUGGAAGGCCAAUUCACUUACAUGCCAUAGCUGCCCUAGCCUGGUUGCAACCUGGUGUUUGCCCUUCCCUUCUGAACCAAAAUCCUGUUAUCUUGGCUACUAUGGUGGUGUGGAGAGAAGUAAUGGGGCCGGAGGAUGUAUCCCUGCCUCUGUCUCCUCUAAUGCCCAUAACAUGGAACUCUUAAUUCCCAUCGGCAGAUGCUAAACCUUUUGUGACCUCACUAGGGCUCCAAUAGCCUCUACGUCUAAGAGACAUAUACACACACGACUGGUAGAGUACCUUACAUGACUUGAACAUCUGUACGCUGCAUUCACUACUGACGCAAUUCCGCUUUCGUCAACUUUCACAUUUCAUAACUAGAUUGCCUGACUCACUUCGACCCCUGACCACCUUCAUAUCAUUGUACCAGCAGGAUUCCCUUUCACCUCAUGCGAUUUCUAUUUUAUACGCUGACGUAAACACCCCACCACGUGACAUCCUCCUUCCAUACUACACAAAAUACUGGGAGCUAGACUUACAGCACUCGUUCACCAAGGAUAAAUCGCACGAUAUCUUUAUGUUAACGUACAAAACCUCAACUGGCACCAAGUUUCAGGAAUCUGGCUUUAAACUUCUCACACAUUGCUACAAUACCCCUGAAAAGAUAUCGCACGAACAGGAUCCCGAAGGCUGACGUUGUGGGAGGGAAUUGUGCACAUUAUUUCAUGUUUUUCACUGGUUAGUUAAUGUUACUAUUGAGGGUCCUAGCAUAACAUAAAGUAUUUAAUUGAAGGGCCUGGGGGAGGCUCUAAUCCUUUUUAAUUUUCAGAACCUGUCCUUAUAAAGCCAGAACAUCUCUUGUAUAUUGCUCUUAAUACUAAGGAAAAUAAUUGACAGUAAGUAAAACUAGUGUUUAAAAUUAGUUUGAAAGUAAAAAAUGCUGUCAGCCAAGCAGGAUACGGUGGCAGUCUACAAUCCAGCAGUAGGACCUUGUGUGUAUCGAGAAAUCUCUCACGAGUUGGGGACCGAUCUAUCUACAGCGUGCACCUCUCAGAGUGAGGUCUGAGAUGCACGCUAACCUCACUGACAAGCCAACAGCCAGAGGAAACUUUUGUGACACAAAGUAUCCAUAUCCAUCCUGGCCGGUCCGUGGUACAAAUUUGAAACAAGGACUACUAUUGUGCUGGUAAUAUUCUUGCUGAACGUUCCUGGCUUAUAUUUUUGUAUUUUAAUCAGUUUAUACACUUAUUUUUUGAUUAUUUUUUGAGUAUCUUUUAUUAAUAAAUUUGAUUUUAUUCUAUAUUCUCUGGAAGAUUUAUCUUUUAAGUGGUUAUUUUUAAGCGAUAUUCUAUUCUAUUGCCCCAACUGGUAUUCCUAUUCUAUAUGGUUUAUAUCUUUCCUAAAAGUACACUAUUUUGGUAUAUGUUUCAUUCUGUCUGUUUUUUAACAGAUUUAAAGGCACAUACACCACAUACGGUUAUAUUGCACGGAGAGACUAAUUUUAUUUAUCUAUAUAUACCAUCAGACCUCUUAUUAGUAUUAUUGUUAUAUGUGAAGUAUAAUAUUUGGUGUAUACUCCAUCUAUUCUGCCCAUAGCAGAUUUAAAGGCGUACACACCAUACAUUACUGCUGCACUUUUAUCAGUCUCCUUUUUGAAACAUUGGAGUUUAUCUGAGUAAAUCUUUACAAUAUUGCAUUUUUAGUGUAUUUUUAUAUAUUUUUUAUUAUAUUUUAAUUUUUUAGAAUCCAAGUAUAGUAGGUAUAAUCACAUCCUAAGCCAUUUCAGGUGGAUCAGCUCCUGGAAAAUCUAUACCAACCGAGGUUGUUAUAUUAUCUUCUUAUUAUAAAAAAAGAAUGUUUGGAAAUCUCUUCACAUUUAAUGAUAAAGUGAUGAAUUGUAAAUGAUGUACAAUAGUUAUUAUUCCCAGCUAAUAGUUAUAAAAUAAGCAGUUCACCAUUGUCUAGCAUUCCUUAUUCAAACCAAACUUUCUCUCCAUUACACAGACUGGAGAAGAAUCCAAUGCCGAACCUGUUUGGCGAGGGUCCUGAAAGAUCUAUGUUUGAAGAUCUAGCAGGGGAGGUAAGAUCCAUGCUCACUAUCUUGUUACCUGCAUAUGGAUCACAACUACAUAGCAAUGUGCUGUGUCUGAAUGUGUCAUACUUCUGUGCAUUUUAUUUCUAUGUAGUUAUGUGAUACAUUCAGACACAGCACAUUACUAUCAGGGUUAUUUACUAAAGUGACACUUCAAGUAAAUUAUUAAAUAUAAGGCGACACUAGCCAAACUGAAAACAUAGCUGGCUUAGAAUUUGUCCAGUUUGGCUAUUUUGACCUUAAAUUUUAAAUUUCUCUCUAAAUUUUCACUUUAUUGAAUUACCCUGCCAGUGUUUUAAUGUUGUGUUAAUUCCGUUUUCUUGAAACACAUCCUUACCCUUUUUUUAAACUUUAGUUUUCAUUCCUCCCCUCAAUCACAUCAUCCCUGCCUUCCUUCAGGGCUUCUUUCCUACAUUAAUUACCCCAUUCCUUACUUGUGUUUCUUUUACCUCUGGUACCCUGUGAUUCUAAAGGCAAAAGCAGGUGCAACGUUGGUCCCUACACACGCAUCCUUCAUUCACUCAUUUAAAGGAACACCAAAUUGGGUGCGGAAUCACUCUUUAGCAGAUAUACCACCAAUGAAUACAUCUAAAUGCACUGCGCUGCUCAUGGGCGGGGUUCUUUCCCCUUUCCCCCAGAAUCAACCCAUGUUCUUGCUAUGGAAUGAUAAUACUGUUAGCCAAUAUGGUGUAGCGCUAAAUAUCAGUACAAAUGAAGCUUAAAAAGUAUAGUACAUUGAUGAUGGUAGAUGUAAUAAAAUACCUAAAAAAUAAUACAGAGUUCAGUAUUGUAAAAUUAAAAAACCAGUGUGGAAUAAAAUCAAUAAAUGGAACCACUCACAUUCUUCUGAGCUAGAAACCUAGCUCAGGGAUGAAUAGCCUGUAGGUCCGUUUAGGCGACCUCCCACUCUUUUGGUAUAAUCUUUUCUGUAGUCCUAAAAGUAGGCUCAAACAAAGAACAUAUAAGGUGCAAUAUUAUAUUCUCAAUUUAGGUAGGUGAUUAAUCAAAUGAAAUGAUACUCACAAAGAUAGAGCCAUCAAUAGGCUCAAUCACAGCAUAUUGUGUAGUUAAAGGAGCACCAUAGUGCCAGGAAAACAAACUAAUUUUCCUGGCACUAUGUAGUCCUUAGGUCCCCCCCCCCCACCCUCCUGUCUUGGUGAUCUGCUUAUGGAUAAUAUGUAUGUCUUACAGUUUGUUUUCCCCCUCAACUUGGUGAUGGCAAAUCUGUGGCUUUUUUCACCUAUCGUUAGCAGGUUAGCUAUCUUUAUGUUUUUGGUUCACCUGGAUGAAACGGACACUAUAGUCACGAAAACAACUUUAGCUUAAAGGAACACUAUUGGGCCAGGAACACUAACUUGUAUUCCUGACCCUAUAGUGUUAAAAUCACUAUCUAGGUCCUGGGACAUACUUGGAAACGGGAGAAAUCUCAAUGUAUCCUUCCUGUUAAAAUAUUUUAUAAAUAAAAUACUUUAUAAAUAAAUAAUGGCCACCCUUAAUAUAGUAAAACCUUAUCUUAUUUUCAGUGCUGCACAGGUUAGAACCCCUUCAGCCACUUACCUUUAUCCAGCGCCGUGCUCCCUCUGCGCUGGUGACCUCUCCUCCCCCUCCGACGUUGGCUCCCAAGUGGAGCCGAAUGCGCAUUAGAAACGCCCAUAGGAAAGCAUUACUCAAUGCUUUCCUAUGGACGUCAGCAUCUUCUCACUGUGAUUUUCACAGUGACAAUCGAGGAAGCGGCGUCUAAUGGCCCAUGUUUUCAGCUGCAGGGUUAAAACUAGAGGGACCUGGCACCCAGACCACUUCAUUGAGUUACUACACACCUAUAUACCGGAACCAAAUGCCCAGAAGUGUGUGUUAAAAAUUACUAUUUAUUAAAGGGUAUCUCCCAACAAUAUAAAAACCAAAACUUCCUAAGCAUAAAAAUAUACAAAAAAUAAAUAGUGAACAAGCACACUAAAAGGACACAAUUGGCAAUCCACAAGUCUUAUCUUUCUCUAAUGAUAAUACUGUGUUUACAACAUUGUUAGUGCAAAGUGUAUAUGUAAGGAGCUGGUAACUAUCUUUCUACACUGCCCUCUAAUCCUUCAUCACUAAUCCAUACUGCCCUGUUGCUUAAAGGAAAGCUGUCAUAUCUUUAUUUCCUUUUUAGAAUUUUUAUUUUCACUUAUAAUAUUUAAAUAUGUGAAGUGUGAAAUAAUAUUAAAAUUUGUAGAAAUCCACACCUCUUUAUCCUACAGUUGGGUUCCUCCAUCUUAGCUCCCUAACCGUGAUUGUUGUCAGCUCUGUCUUUGCACCUGACAGUCUGCACAGAAAGCAUGCAGAGGAGAGUAAAACACUCUCAUUCCUCAUUUCCUCAUUUGCAACAUUUGACUGGCUUUGUAAUGUCUGAACUAGAUUAUGUUAAAACUUUCUAUAUUUAAUACAAAUUUCAAAGAAAACAGAGAAAACAUGAAUAAGGUUGACACAAGUUAUUACAGAUUUUUCAAUGUUUUAUUCAAUGGUGUAAAUUUCACUCCUUGCACAGUCGAAUCUCACAUUUAUAUAGGGUUUAUUGUAUCCUGUCCUAUUUACUGUCUUGGUGAUCUGCUUAUGGAUAAUAUGUAUGUCUUACAGUUUGUUUUCCCCCUCAACAUGGUGAUGGCAAAUCUGUGGCUUUUUUCACCUAUCGUUAGCAGGUUAGCUAUCUUUAUGUUUUUGGUUCACCUGGAUGAAACGGACACUAUAGUCAUGAAAACAACUUUAGCUUAAAGGAACACUAUUGGGCCAGGAACACUAACUUGUAUUCCUGACCCUAUAGUGUUAAAAUCACUAUCUAGGUCCUGGGACAUACUUGGAAACUGGAGAAAUCUCAAUGUAUCCUUCCUGUUAAAAUAUUUUAUAAAUAAAAUACUUUAUAAAUAAAUAAUGGCCACCCUUAAUAUAGUAAAACCUUAUCUUAUUUUCAGUGCUGCACAGGUCUUCUACUGAUCCACCUCCUUGGCUGUCAUAAUCAGAACUGAUCAUCUCAGCCAAUCACAAUGCUUUCCCAUAAAAAGAUUCUGAUGAUCUCAGCCAUUAGGUGGGGCGGUCAGUCAGUAUCUCCUCAUAGAGAUGCAUCAAAUCAAUACAUCUCUAGGAGGAAAGUUAAGCUGUAAGAAAGUACCUCUAGUGGCUGUUUGGGGAGUGUCCACAAGCAGUGUUCCUAGGCUGAAAUUUAAACAUUUCCUUUUCUCAGAAAAAGCGGUGUUUACAACAAAAAGCCUACUGGGACAUGGUAUAGACACCAGAACAACUACAUUAAGCUGUAGUUGUUCUAGUGACUUUAGUGUGCCUUUAAUGAAGCCGUUUUACUUUAAAGAUCACUCUUCUGCAGUCUCACUGCUCAAUUCUCUGCCAUUUAGUAGUUAAUUCACUUUAUUUUACAACCCUAGUUAUACUUAUCUGCAUGUGGCCUACAACAGUCUUCCUAAACACUUCUGUAAAACAUCUAAUGUUUAAACUUCCUAUGUAGCACAGUCUGUUUAAUUUAGAGUUUCUUAUCUCUUGCACUGUUAGCUUGCUAAACCUUACAUGAGCUUCCUGUGUGUGAUUAAAGUUCAAUUAACAGAACAGGAGAUAAAAACUUAUGAAGCAAAAUAACAUCCGACUGAAAAUGAAACCAGUUUUCUUUGAGGGGACUUAGGGCUGCAUAAACGGAAACAAAAGUGAUUUAACUCCUAAAUGGCAGAGCAUUGAUCAGUGAGACUGCAGGGACAUGAUAUAUACACCAAAUCUGCUUCAUUAAGCUAAAGUUGUUUUGGUGACUACAGUGUCCCUUUAAUGUGUAUGAACUUCUUAGAAACAAAUUAUACCCAUGUGUGUGUUUUUUAUGUAUGUUUUUAACAUGUUUGACAAUCGGAUUAUUACUAUAAGAUGACUACAGAUGAUACUCGAAAAAUUAGAAUAUCGUGCCAAAGUGCAUUUAUUUCAGUAAUGCAACGUAAAAGGGGAAACUAAUAUAUGAGAUAGACGCAUUACAUGCAAAGCAAGAUAGUUCAAGCCGUGAUUUGUCAUAAGUGCGAUGAUUAUAGCUUACAGCUCAUGGAAACCCCAAACCCACAAUCUCAGUAAAUUAGAAUAUUGUGAACAGGUGCAAUAUUCUAGGCCCACAGUGUCCCACUCUAAUCAGCUAAGUAAGCCAUAACACCUGCAAAGGGUUUCUGAGCCUUUGAAUGGUCUCUCAGUCUAGUUCAGUAGGAAUCACAAUCAUGGGGAAGACUGCUGACCUGGCAGUUGUGCAGAAAACCAUCAUUGACACCCUCCAUAAAGAGGGAAGGCCUCAGAAGGUAAUUUUGAAGGAAGUUGGAUAUUCCCAAAGUGCUGUAUCUAAGCACAUUAAUAGAAAGUUAUGUGGAAGGGAAAAGUGUGGAAGAAAAAGGUACACAAGCAGCAGGGAUGACCGCAGCCUGGAGAGGAUUGUCAGGAAAAGGCCAUUCAAAAGUGUUGGGGACUAUCACAAGUAGUGAACUGAGGCUGGAGUCAGUGCAUCAAGAGCCACCACACACAGACGGAUCCUGGACAUGGGCUUCAGAUGUCGUAUUCCUCUUGUCAAGCCGCUCCUGAACAACAGACAACGUCAGAAGCGUCUUACCUGGGCUAAAGAAAAACAGACCUGGUCUGUUGCUCAGUGGUCCAAAGUCCUUUUUUCUGAUGAGAGCAACUUUUGCAUCUCAUUUGGAAACCAAGGACCCAGAGUCUGGAGGAAAAAUGGAGAGGCACACACUGCAAGAUGCAGUGUCCAGUAUGAAGUUUCCACAGUCUGUGUUGAUUUGGGGAGCCAUGUCAUCUGCUGGUGUUGGUCCACUGUGCUUCAUUAAGUCCAGGGUCAACGCAGCCGUCUACCAGGAGAUUUUGGAGCACUUCAUGCUUCCUUCCACAGACGAGCUUUAUGGGGUUGCUGCCUUUAUUUUCUAGCAGGACUUGGCACCUGCCCACACUGCCAAAAGCACCAAAGCCUGGUUCAAUGACCGUGGGAUUACUGUUCUUGAUUGGCCAACACCCCCCCAUAAUCUUAACCCCAUAGAGAAUCUACGGGGCAUUGCCAAGAGAAAGAUGAGAGACACGAGACCAUAUAAUGCAGAAGAGCUGAAGGCCGCUAUUGAAGCAUCCUGGUCUUCCAUAACACCUCAGCAGUGCCACAAGCUGAUAGCUUCCAUGCCGUGCCACAUUGAGGCAGUAAUUACUGCAAAAGGGGCACAAACCAAGUACUGAGUCCAUGUGCAUGCUUAUACUUUUCAGAGCAUCGAUAUUGUUCUAUGUACACUCCUUGUUUUAUUGAUUGCAUGUAAUAUUCUAAAUUACUGAGAUUGUGGAUUUGGGGUUUUCAUGAGCUGUAAGCCAUAAUCAUCGCACUUAUGACAAAUCACGGCUUGAACUAUCUUGCUUUGCAUGUAAUGCAUCUAUCUCAUAUAUUAGUUUCCCCUUUUACGUUGCAUUACUGAAAUAAAUGUACUUUGGCACGAUAUUCUAAUUUUUUGAGUAUCACCUGUACAUUAUGCAUAGUACAGUUUGUCUUAUAUUUUAUAUAAUGUAUCUUUAAAGUCACAAGUGUAUGUAAGUUAGAAUAAUUGAUUUGCUUAAAGCAAACUAAAGUAUUUAUGUUUAAAUUCAGAAUUCUGGAACAAACUCCAUCUAGUAAUGCCCUUGUUCGAACAACUACGGCUCUCACUAUGUUCGAUGCAGGAAUUAAGGUACAUUCACUGACUGUCACCAGGUUUAUCGGGUCAAUUUAAAUUGAAAAUGAGUACUGAUGCCUAAAAAACUUUUAUUAAUUUUAUUUUUUUGGUGCAUUCUCUAGCAUGAACUGGUAUUUGGUGUAUAACCGUAAUUAAAUUGCCGUGAAUUGUAAACUAAAUUGAACACUUUUAGCAAAAUAUAGCUAAAUGGCACAAUUUCCUAUAUUAACUUUUUUCCAACUUGCCCAUUUUCUUUAACUUUUGCAAUUCAAUUUUCAUUUGACUAGAACUGUGUAGUAAAUACAAUUAUGUAAUAUUACUCUUCUUUAAAACAACAAAGGUGAAAAAUACCAAGACAUAUACUCUUGUAAAUCCCCAGACCAGGAAAUUGCUCAGACGGGCCUGAUACCAUUAUUUUUAGAUGUGUUUGUGCAUAUCCCAUAAAUCCUUGUCUAUCAGAAGUUUAUGGGACAUUUAGUUUAGCUGCCCGAAUGCGCGAAUACCAGGCCGUGACCUCCGAACUCGGCUCGCGUGUCCCAGGGUUCCUCCUCACACCUUUAGGGUUUUUGUUUGUACAACAUAUACCUGAUCCACUUGCUGUUUCAUUGUAGGUGUCCCUUUUGGCAAUAUUUAUUGUGACCAAUUUUAGCUUCUAUUAAUUGUGCAAUAAACACCUAAAACUAAAAAACUAAAAAGUUUUUUUAUUUUUAUUUUUCCCCAUAGUCAAAUGUGAUCCCACCAACUGCCAGAGCUACUGUCAACUUCCGGCUGCACCCUGCACAUACCGUGGAGGAGGUACGAAAAUACCUUUUUAGUAAUUUUACUCCUCCAUGUCACUAAAUCUCACAUGUCACUGUUAAGUGUUUUCGUGAUUGGACUGUAUGGCAGAGACUCAAAUUACUGUCUGUAAAAAUUGUGCCUUUUUACAUCACAGAAGGGGUUUAUCUUUAUAGUAUAGGGGGACUAUAAGUCAUCAAAAAAAUCUUAUAGUGAUCACUUGAGUUUUGAUUUUAUUUUUUGUAGGUGGUGAACAUUGUAAGAAAUACCAUCAUGGAUGAGCAAGUGGUCCUUUCAGUUGUCAGCGCAUUUGAUCCACUUCCAGUAAGUCCCUAUGAUGUGGAAAACUUUGGGUACCAAACACUGAAACACACCAUCUGUGAUGUGUUCUCAGCAGCACCAGUAGGUCCAGGUGAGUCUGAAACUCAGGAGAAAACUGACAGCAAGAUAGAACUGACUGCAAGGGCUUUCAGACUAACUGCACUAAUUGCAUUUGGUCCCUUACAUUAAAUUUAAACUUAAAGUCACACUAUAGUCACCAAAAUAACUUUGCUUAAUAACGCAGUUUUUGUCUAUAGAUCAUGCCUCUGAAGUUUCACUGCUCAAUUCUCUGCCAUUAAGGAACUUCACUUUUGUUUCUGUUUAUGCAGCCCUAACCACAUUUCUCAUGGGUGUGACUGACAGAGCCUGCAUGAAAACAAUGACUUAAUUUUGUAAUUUACUUUAAACGUUUUUCUUGCCUGCUCUGUAAAUUUUAUUUUAUUUACAUACCGUAGGCUCCUACAGGGAUUAGCAAGCUAUAAAUAGAACAGACAAUAAGAAAUUCUAAAUAAAAUAGAAUUUGCAAUAAAGGAAGUGUAAACAUUAGACAUUUUACAGGAAGUGUUUAGAAAGGCUCUGUAAGUCACAUGCAUGGAGGUUUGAUUAAAGCUAUAUAAACAAACUGAUAUAGCUCCUUAAUGGCAGAGAAUUGAGCAGUGAGACUGCACGGACAUGAUCUAUACACCAAAACUGCUUCAAUAAGCUAAGGUUGUUUUGGUGACUAUAGUUAGGGCUGGCAUGUCCAUAAGGCGACACAGGCGACCGCUUCGGGUACCAGAGCAGGGGGGCACAAAAAUCCGAAUCCCCUUACUAUUGUUGCGAGGGGAGGGUGGUGACAACAAAAUGCAUCUUUGCCUGUGUAGUCAAAAAUCUUUGCACCUGCCCCGACUAUAGUGACCUUUAAGUAGGCAUUGUAAUAGAGCAGCAGGAAAUGCUAGCAGAAUGCUUCAUUGUAUAGGGAGAAGUAUUAACAGUAGAAAGUGCUCAUGCCAUUGUACAGAACACUGGUGAGACCUGACUUGGAGUAUUGUACGCAGUACUGGAGACCGUAUCUUCAGAAGGAUAUUGAUACUUUAGAGAGAGUUCAGAGAAGGGAUACAAAACUAGUUCAUGGAUUGCAGGAUAAAACUUACAAGGAAAGGUUAAAGGAUCUUAACAUGUAUAGCUUGGAGGAAAGACGAGACAGGGGGAAUAUGAUAGAAACAUUUAAAUGCAUAAAGGGAAUCAACACAGUAAAGGAGGAGACUAUAUUUAAAAGAAGGAAAACUACCACAACAAGAGGACAUAAAUUAGAGUGGUAAAGGUUUAAAAAUAAUAUCAGGAAGUAUAACUUUACUGAGAGGGUAGUGGAUGCAUGGAAUAGCCCUCCAGCUAAAGUGGUAGAGGUUAACACAGUGAGGAAGUUUAAGCAUGCGUGGGAUAGGCAUAAGGCCUAUCCUAGCUAUAAGAUAAGGCCAGGGACUAAUGAAAGUAUUUAGAAAAUUGGGCAGACUAGAUGGGCCGAAUGGUUCUUAUCUGCCAUCACAUUCUAUGUUUCUAUGUUGUAGGCUGCACUAAACCACUGUUCACACAUCCCAUGCAUAGGUAUGUGGUAUCCCAAUCUGAAUAGGAUGAGGGAUGCAGGUGAAGGUCUGAAGUCCUGUGCUCAACAAUCUUUAUAUUCCUCUGUUCUUGUUCAGGUGUGUGUGUUGGGAAUACUGAUAGCCGCCAUUUUGUAAACCUGACUGACAGCAUCUACCGGUUCAAUCCCAUAGUCAUGAAACCAGAAGAUUUAAGCAGGUAAACUAAGUGCCGCUACUUUUUCUUUCUUAACAAUAGUCUAUUGUCGGGUGUGUCUGUGAUGGAUUAACUGACUCAUAAGGUAUAAUCUACUAAAUUUAGAAAGUGCAAACAAAAGUGCAAAAGUUAGUUAACACAGCUUUAGUGCAGUUCAAAAGCUAAUUAUGUUUAGUAACUUGGUGCCUCGUUUAUCCCUUUGUUGGCUUUCUUCCAGCCUCAUUUGUAAAUCGUGGGUCACUUGCUUUUGCUUUUUAAAUUUUUUUUUUUUUAUUGAUUUUUAAAUGUAAGAAUAUCUAGAUAAAUUACAUACACAAAUUACAUAAACCCAGGACCUACUUGAAAAUGAGAGAAAUCUCAAUGUAUCCUUCCUUGUAAAAUAUUUAAUAAAUAAUAAAUAAAGGGCAUAUCACACAAUGUGCAACGUCAUACAAUUCAAAGAUAAAUAGAAAAAUUAUGAAAAGUUGAAGCAGCAGUGGAAUUAUUUUUUGUUUCCCGUAUGGAGGCAUUGGUAAAAUGUAUCAGUCUUUGUGAGGGUUUUCUCAGGGGCUCGACUCCCCCAUUAAAUGGUCGCAUCCAGUACAUAUAUCCAGUUGUCCCAUAUAUUAUGAUUUAUUUUCUGGAUACAAAAAUUUGAUGCAAUUGCGUGUUCCAUUUUGCACUGGAACUUGACUCUCUCUUUAAUUUGCCACAAAUCCACUAUAGCUGCUUUCCAAUUUUUGGCAAUAGAACAUUUAAAUGCCAUCGAAAUAUGUAUCAGAAGUAAUUUUUUUCGUUUUUAGCCAUCAUUGGUAAAAAGACCAUCGCUAUAUUCCUUUCCUGUUUUAACCCCUUAAGGACCAAACUUCUGGAAUAAAAGGGAAUCAUGACAUGUCACACAUGCCAUGUGUCCUUAAGGGGUUAGAUUCAGGAGAUCAUUAAUACAACCGAGCAGUAUAUUCCAGUUUGUUUUAAUCACAGGGCAGUUCCACCAUAUAUGUAGCUCACCAGCCCUCUCUAAACCGCAUCUUCAGCAGAAAUAAUUGGGGGAUUCAUCUUGGUUUGUUUCAUAGGUGUUAAAUACCAUCUAUUUAGUAUUUUAUAAUGUGUCUCCCCUAUAUUGAGACAGUGUUUUGAAGAGUAAAACGUUUUCAGGUCAUAAUGCCAUUCCUUAAUAUUAAUCUAUUUUUAAGGUCUCUGGACCACCUAUUUUUUGCUUUUGGAAUAGUUAUCCCCUUAAUGGUAUUUAGAACUUUCAUACAUUUUGAUCGUUGUUUGGUGUCUUUCCCCAGGUUAACAAUACAAUUUAAUUUUGCACAGGAUAUAAUAAGUUUCCCUUAUACAUUUCUGAUAUUUAAAAAGCUUCUAAUUCUAAUGUAAUUCCAAAUCUUGUGGUUUGGAAUUGUAUAUAAUUGUUGUUCUGUUUUAAACCUGAAAUCAUUCCAUAACAUGCAGACUUUAGUAAUCUCUUGAUGUAUCCACUUAGAUAUGUCUAAAUUAUCCAUCAUAUGCGUAAGAUAAAAUAGAGGUAAUGAUGGCAAGAUCUUAUAAUUUAGAUUGAUGUGUUUCUUAAAACAGCAGAUUAUGCAAUAUUAAAUUUUCCACACUUCUAACAUUUAAAGGGACACUAUAGUCACCAGAAUAACUACAGCUUAACCCCUUAAGACCGGAGGGCGUACUAUUUCGCCCUAUUUUAAGCGGCUCUAAAUGCCGCCGGGCGUAAUAAUAAGCCCUCUGGUCUUUCUUUACUUACCUGGGAGCCCCCCACGGCACGUCCGACCCCCUGGCAGCCCCCCCGGCCAUGUGAGAGUGAGGUCCUUGCGAGGACCUCACAAUCACAUGGCCGGGAUAGCUGCCUGCUGUAUUGCCAGCAGGGGGGCUGCCUGUAAUGACAGGUGGUCCCCCUGCUGGCUGGAAAUAAAAUUAAAUAAAAUUUUAAAAAGUUAAAAAGUGUAAAAAAAAAAAAAAAUAUAUAUAUAUAUAUAUAUAUAUAUAUAUAUAUAUAUAUAUAUAUUUAUAUAUAUACUUAGAUCAUAUAUAUAUGUAAUAUAUAUAUAUAUAUAUAUAUAUAUAUAUAUAUAUAUAUUAUAUAUAUAUGAUCUAAGUAUAUAUAUACACAUAUACAUACACACACACACUGUCUAGGUGUAUUUUACUAUUAAUAUAUAUAUAAUUAUAUAUAUAUAUAUAUAUAUAUAUAUCAAAUUACACAUAGACUGAUAUUGAUUUAAUAUAUAUAUAAUUAUUGUUAUAUAUAUUUCUAUAUAAUAUAAAAAAAUUAAAUAUGUAAAUACAUUAAAAAAUAAAAUUAAAAAAAUAAUUUAAAAAUAUAUAGAUGUGUUUUUUUCGUUCUAACUGUAUUGUGAUAUUAAUAUAUAUAUAUAUAUAUAUAUAUAUAUAUAUUUAUAUCAAAAUACACGUAGAAUGAAAUAAUAUAUAUAUCUAUAUACAUAAAUAUAUACGUAUAUAUCACUAUAGAUAUACCUAUAUAGAAAUAAAAAUAUGUAAAAAAAUUGAGAUAUAUAUAUAUUCACAUACGUAUAUAUAUACAUACAUAAAUAUAUAUGUAAAAUUAAUAUAAUAUUUUUACAUAAUUAGGUAUCUUAAUUAAUUACAAUUAGCAGGACCUGCCUGACAACCCAUGCCGAAAGUAAAGGGAAUUUAAUUUGCAUCACUAUAUUUAACCCUAUAACUUUCCAAGACACCAUAAAACCUGUACAUGGGGGGUACUGUUCUACUCGGGAGACUUCGCUGAACACAAAUAUUAGUAAAAUGUAUUACAACGAUGAUAUCGCCAGUAAAAGUGACGUUUUUUGCAUUUUUCACACACAAACAGCACUUACACGGACAAUAUUAUUGCUGCGAUACUUUUUACUGUUUUGAAACACAAAUAUUUGUGUUCAGCAAAGUCUCCCGAGUACAACAGUACCCCUCAUGUACAGGUUUUAUGGUGUUUUCAAAAGUUACAGCGUCAAAUAUAAGGCUUGUGUUUCAUUUUUCUCACAUUAAAAUUCGCCAGAUUGGUUACGUUGCCUUUGAGACCCUAUGGUAGCCCAAGAAUGAAAAUUACCCCUAUGAUGGCAUACCAUUUGCAAUAGUAGACAACCCAAGGUAUUGCAAACGGGGUAUGUCCCGUCUUUUUUAGUAGCCACUUAGUCACAAACACUGGCCAAAAUUACAUUUUGUUUCGUUCACAACGUGUACAUUUGGCUCCGUCCUUAAGGGGUUAACAAUAAAACUGCCUGGAUUAUAUGCAAACCAAACAACCGUGCCUGUUGUUUACACUAGAGGACCGUGAUACCUGCAGACAAGGAUCACACCACUGAUUAUUGGUUUUUACGUUAUACUACAGGAAAUUACUACUUUCAACAGGGCUCUUGGAAUAUUAUAUAUAUCCUUACUUCCAGUAAUUGGUCAACUAUGCAUAAUCUGAGAAAAAAAUAAUAAUAAUAAUGUGUUAUUUAACUCCAACCCUGUGUUUUUAAGAGCGCUUUUCAACUGUGAUUAGCUUAAUAAUCUAUUCUCUUCACCAUCAUUUAUAAUAUGUAAAGUCAUUUUAUAUUCUAAAGAAAAAGUUUGACCCCCACAAAAAAUCAACAUCAUACUUGUAUAUCAUUACAUUACUUAAUAUAGUUUCAACUGUAUCCCCACGCUACCUUUUUCAUGUGUAUAAAUUAUCGAUCACAUAUAUACAUUUUUAAUUCUUAUAUGCUUGCCUAUAUUUUGUGACUAUAACACUUUAGUCAAAUCUUUAUGCAUAGUUUGUGGUAAUUUCUCUACCCCCUCCCCCUCUGUGUGAAGGGACAUUUAUCUAUUGUGUUUAAUAUUGUGAAUUCAAUUUUGCCCCUACUUCCUGUGAUGUCCCUAUAUAGUGCUGAAAUCAUGUUCCCUAUCUCUUGCUUAUAUUUGUAAAAAAAAAAAUCAUAAAUAUUCCAUUAUCCCUAGUCUUCAACAAAAAUUAUAGUAAAUGAGUACUUAUUGGUGAAUUAUAAAAAAUAAAAAAAAAUAAAAAAAAAACAAGAAUAAAAUGUCUCUUCCUCCUUCUGGGUAGAUGUUUUUUCUCUGGCCCUUCGGGAUCUGGUAAGAUUAUUUUCCUGCAUCCAUUUAUUUAAUAAGUUCAAUUCCUGGAAGGACAGAACUUGGGAUUGGUGAUAUAUGAAAAUUUUCAUUAGUUAACCCAAUUUAUAACAAAUGUUCUUAUGUCUUAGAAUAUUUGUUGAAGGGUCAAAAGUGUAUCUUGUGUGGUAUGAUAUUUCUGGGAAUGUUUUAAUCUUAUUAAAAGGAUCUUGUAGCAUAGUAGAUCUGUAGAGUUUCAAAACUUGUUUUUUGACUUUACUGGAUAAACAGUGGACCCCAACUUCUCUGCAUACCGUCUGUGGAAGAGUAGUUGUUCUUGUUGUUCUAUGGCAUCUUUCUAGUACUGGAACAUGCAUUGAUAUUUGAAGAAAAAAAAUCCAUAAUAUAAUCUACUAGUUCAGGCAUAGGCAACCUUCGGCACUCUAGAUGUUGGACUACACCUCCAAUUAGGCUUUGCCAGCUUUAUCGGUGUAAGAACAUUAUGAGGAAUGUAGUCCAUAACAUCUGGAGUGUCGAAGGUUGCCUACUCCUGUACCAGCUUAUCGUUAACAAUUUUUUUCCGGUAUGUCUCUAAAUCCUAAAUUAAUUAGUUUAGAUCUGUCUUCCGUAUCUGCCAACCUUAAUUCAAUGUCACUGAUUUUUCCUUUUUAAUUCUCUUGGAAAUUCUUGUUGUUGAGCAAGUUGAAACUCAAGAGUUAAACAUUUUUCUUCAUUUAUCUUCAAAUGAUUCCUCAUGUCUUUCCUUAUUUUUAUUUAACAUUGUGUUUAUUGUAAUUUCUGCUUUCAUUUCGCUCAAUUGGAACUCAAAGCAUGUUUUGAGAUAUUCCUGAAGGAGGGGAUGAAAUUCUUUCAUAUGUGGAAUUUUAAAAGACUCUUCAUCUAUUUUUUUUUUUUUUCCUCUAGUAAAUUUAAGAGCAUACGAUUCUGAACCUUUCUCUUGUUCUUGUUUUGUGGUGGAGAUGUGAAGAAGGAUAAUUGCUUUAGUAUCCCCUUUCUUAUCCUUUUUAGGUAUCGAUCUAUCUUCCUGGCUUAUUUGGCAGCCAUUUUAGGUUUCAAGAUUUGCAGACAAAUUAAAAAAAUCACUCUUUGGUGCUUUAGUGCACUCUCUUGCAAUUAGCAAUUAGACUUGCAGUCGUCUGAGGACUUAAGCUUGUUUAAUAUGGAGGUGUUUGCUUAACGGCUACUUUAACAGGGCGUGUAUUUAACCUUUCCGUAUCUCUUCUCCUUAAUUUUAUCAAAUGAGCUACGGAGAAGAAAAGGGAGACAGGAAAAAAGAUACAAAAACAAAAAUACUACUGGAGCGUCUUGCGACAAUUUUUACCAGCCGUACUUUCCUUCCCUUUUUUUUCCCCUUCCCUUCCUUUUUUCUUGCUCAGUGAAUUUAUGGCAUAAUUUUUUUUGGUGGUUAACUUGUAUUUGGAUGGUUUAGAUAAUUGUAGGUUUAAGUUCUACUUAUAGGCUUACAGAACUGAGGAAAUAGAGAAAUAAGCUGUGCCUGUUUAUAAUGACACACCCAGAAAUUGUAAAACACUUCUAUAGGUAUUUGUAAUGCAUAGAAUAAAAAAUAAAAUUACCCAAUUGCAGUCCCCAAAGCCUUCUUUGGCUUCCUGACGACGGCUAUCCGCCGGCCCGUGUGGAACCAGCGUCUGACCCGCACUAAAAAAACUAUACUGGAACUUCCAAAGCAGGCAGGAGGGACAGGCCUCCCCUCUUUUGAAAAGUAUUACCAGACUGCCCACCUGCAUCGGCUGGUCGAUUGGCAUGUGUUACACCCUACGAAGCAAUGGGUCACCCUGGAGCUCGGGCAGACCGGAGAAAGCAUUUCCUCCAGAUUAUGGUUAGGCGGCACCACGUAUAGUGCGCUUCACACCAAAAACCCCCUGAUUGAUGCCACCCUAAGGUCGUGGACAACAGUAAGAUACAGGGAGCAACUCACCUCAUCCCCUAGCCCUCUGACACCCAUAACAUACAACAGAUUCUCUAACGCAAAGCAACCUGUCUGGCAUUCAAACCACCGACUGGAUGUACUUUCACCAAUGGUCUGGUCCGACUGGACUAAAAACACCAGCAGACUUAUGCCCGGACAGGAGACCAACGAUGCUCGAGCAGUUCCGCUACCACCAAAUCAAAACAUACUUCCAGAACCUACCAGGACGGGGACACUUACACAGGCCACUCACACACUUUGAACAUCUGUGCACCACCCGAACACAUCUUUCCAGGGGAAUCUCGACACUCUACACCAUGCUCAAGACCCAAGCCAGGGACGACACACAGAUUGGAUACACGAGCCACUGGGAAAGAGACACGGGGACGACAUUAACCACACAAGAAUGGGAUAACAUCCUCACGCUCACACACAAAUGCUCCCUUAGCUCAAAAUACCAAGUGUUAAACUAUAAAUUACUCACGCGCUGGUACAGGACACCCGAUAUCCUACACCGUAUGCAUGAAGACACACCGCACACGCUGGAGAUGUGGCACCCAACCCGGGACCUAUAUCCACGUCUGGAGGAUGCCAGGAACAAUGUGCCCUGACCUGGUACCCAUGGAUGACAUACAUCUCCAGAAAAAACAGAGGCCAGGCAGGAGUACAACCUGCCGACCCACCUCGAUAGACUGACCAGAACAGAAGUAGAAAAGGAAACCCUCAGGGACAGAGGUGCACAAAAAAGUGGAGCCGAGUGGAAGGGGAAAACCCUUCCUAUCCCACUCUGUACCUUCUCUCCCACUUCCCUCCCCUGCCUUGCCCACAUUCAAGUCAAGAACACAAAAAAAGUAACUGUACCAUAUUUCACAUACAGACUAUAGACAAGACAUAGAAUGACUAAGACUACAGCGCACGCCUAUUGACCACAAUGAGCACAAACACCACAUAACAGCACUCUCAAACGCACCAAAACAGGCCAGCGACCCAGCCAGUGUAGACCGAAAACAAGCCACGAAAUGCCAGACACCCCGGGAGUAGGGGUAACAGAAUGAACAGAGACUACCCCGUGACCCCCAACAGGUCCAAAUCAGGCACAGAUGAUAGCAUAACGUGGAAGAACACUUGGCUGGAUGCACCGACCACAAGACACAACAUAGAACAAGACCUUAAGCGCUUCCCAAUACGCGCUCAGGGACUCAAGUGCAUAUCCCAUAAGAAAUUACCCCGACAUAGUACAUAGUAGGCCAAACACACACACCCGACGAGUUUAAACACUGAUGUAUUCAAGACACAAUACAAAGUUCGAACUUGACAAGCCACAAAUAUUUUGAAACAGUUUUAUUGUACUAAAUUUAUCGUACUAAAAUGCUUUUAUCCAUUUAAGAUUGUUCCUUUGCAUACAUUUGUUAUGCUGUACCUUGCCUUGAAUGUGCAAAAAAAACUAACCAAAACUUAAAUAAAGAUUGUCUAAAAAAAAAAAAAAAAAUUAAACCACAUUUUACAUUUACUUCAAGAUGUUAGAAUAAAUACAAAUACUACAAAUGUUAUACGACUAACAUGGAUCACGAGUUUUUCGAUCUACGAGCCUAAAUUUUUAAUAAAAUUUAUUUUGGACUAUGAGCUAUGACUUAGGAGCCGAGUAAACAUUUUAGGCAAGCCCGGACUACGAUUUUUGCUGUACGUUUAUAAUCGAGAAAGCAUCCUUGCGUUUACAUACUGUAUUCUAUUCACAUGUUCAUUGUUCUUUCACGACCACGUGUUUGUUCAGCAAACAUUUUUGUGUCUACGUGAAGUGCAGUGUGUACUGUAGUGUUGAGAAUGGCCCCUAAGAUGAUGAAGAUGCAAGGCAGGAAGAAGAUGAUUACAGUGCAGGUUAAGAAGGAUAUCAUCGAGAAGCACGAAGAAGGUAUGCAAGUUGUGGACUUAGGAAGUUGUAUAACCGUAUAACCUCGACAAUUUGCACCAUCAAUUUUUCUGGUGGUUAACUGAAGAGUAAGGACAUGAUCAGGGCUAUCAAUAUAGCCAAGGGAGUAACGACGGUAACGAAGCCGCGUCCUAGUAUUCUCGAAGAGGUCGAGAAGCUGCUUCUCGUUUAGAUAAAUGAGAAACAGUUGGCAGGUGAUACAGUCACCAAGAGCAUAAUUUGCGAGAAGGCAAGGGCCUUGUACAAUGACCUGAAGACUAAGCUGCCAGGUCCAUAUGUAACAGACAAAGAGAGCUUCAAAGCAAGCCGUGGUUGGUUCAAAAACUUUAAGAGAAGGAUUGGCCUCCAUAGUGUCAUCUGGAAUGGGGAGGCUGCGAGUGCCGACACCAAGGCAGCAGAGUUAUUCGUCAAGGAGUGCCGCAGCAAGUUUUCAACUGCGAUGAGACGGGGCUUUUUUUGGAAGAAGAUGCCCAAGAGGACCUAGAUCACUGCUGAGGAAAAGGCCAUGCCCAGUCAUAAGCCCAUGAAAGACCCUCUACCACUUGGAAAAUCCAUAAGCCUUCAAGAAAUGUCAGGUGCAAAAGAGUCAGCUCAAUGUGUUAUGAAGGUCCAACAGCAAGGCUUCUGUCACGCGGAUGCUGUUUGUUGAGUGGUCAAUGAGUGCUUUGGUCUCUCUGUCAAGCAAUACCUACUUGAUAGGGGCCUCCUUCCCAAAGCCUUGGUGGUUAUGGACAAUGCUCCUGCACAUCCUCCAGACAUUGAGGAUGACCUACUGGAGGAAUUCCAUUUCGUCAAGGUCAUGUUCCUCCCUCCCAGCACCAUGUCACUCAUUCAGCCCAUGGAUCAGCAGGUCAUCUCAAACUUCAAAAAGCUGUAUACUAAGGCCUUGUUUCAGCAAUGUUUCAACGUGACUGAAGGAACGAACCUCACACUCCGAAAGUUUUGGAAAUACUUUUUUCCAUAUUGUCAGCUGCCUGAAGUUCAUUGAUAAAGCUUGGGAGGGGGUCACUGUCACGGAAGCUCCUGUGCCACAGCCUACUGGAGAGGCAUAACAGCUAGCCUCUUGCCCACAGACUAUAGGCCUGGUCUCAGACUUUAAAGUGAUAUGUAGGAUAUGGUGUUUCAUUGUGUUAAUGUUGAGAUAUUAUGCAAAAUGUUGAGCUGGAUGUGUUGUGUUAAUUGUAUUAUGUAAAAGCAAUUGUGCUAUGUGUAUUGGUGUCCAGCAGGAAAUUAAGUUAUCAUGUCCCAGACACCAAGACACCAGGGUGUGGAUUACAUUGUGCUGGCUGAAGACGCCCUGUUGUGUGUAGGGCGAUAAAUGUAUGUGUUUUUCUCUGAAAUAAACAGUUCUUUGGUUUUACCCAAUGCAACUAGUCUUGUCCACUAUAUUGGGGAAUUUUACAGGGUUCCAGAGGGCUAGAAUCACUGUAUGCUGUAGCUGAAUCCUGGACGAGCAGAGGAUUAGAGAAGCAGGGACCAAGGGACACUAAAUGACAGUCACCAAGAUAACCCUCAAUUCCUCUUGGAGGAAACUGUGGUCUGGUUGCGUUCUUGAACGUGUUUUUGAAGGCUUCAUUCCUGAAGAGCAGCCAGUCGUAGAUAAAAUCAUGUCUUUGGGGAAGACUAUGGUACUGGACGUGGACCAUGAAGACAUCCAGGAGUUGGUGGGGGAACAUGACAACGAGCUGAUGGAUCUGCUUUAGGAGCAGCAGCAUGACGUUAUAGAGGAGCUAUCGUCUGAGAAGGACAAGGCAAAAUAAUCUGUCAGUUCUCAGAGGAUUAAGGAGGCGUGCAAAGCGUGGGAGUUUUUGCAAGAUUUUGUGGAGAAGAAUCACCCAAAUAAGACUGUAGCAAUUCGUAGUGUAAAUUUGUUUAAUGAUAACGCAAUGUCACCUUUCCGUGAAAUUUUGAAAAGAAGGCAAAAACAGGUGUCAUUAGAUAGGUUCCUUGUAAAGGUUUGUAAGAGUAAUAAUGUUGAAAGUGGGGGAAAAGGGUUGAGAAAAGUGAAACCGAGUUUAGCCUACACUCUCCACAAAGCGUAAAAUAUCCGAUAGUGAAGAGAGAACUCCAAAGGUUACAGCUCCUGACGUUCUCUUGGAAGGAGACUCUACUUCCAUUCAGUAACCCCCAGGUUAAUUUGUAUAAUAUUUAUUUUUUUAUUGUGAAUUAUUCAUUUGUGAUGUUAGGGGUAAUAAUUGGUAGAGUAAUUACCAUUAAAAAUUAUUUUAAAUGUAUGUAUGAGGGUCUGGAACACAUUAUUUGAAUUCCCAUUGAUUUUAAUGGGAAAAUGUGUGUUAAAUUACGAGUUUUUUGGACUGCGAGCUUGGUCACAGAAUGGAUUAAACUCAUAGUCCGAGGCACCACUGUACAUGAAUGAUAUUGAUCUAUUUUUAAUUUUUUUUUCCUUUCAGGUUUCAUGGUGUGAAUGAACGGAUAUCAAAAGAAGGGUUUGAAGCUGUUGUACAGUUUUAUUACCAGCUGAUUCAAAAUUCAGACUCUGAGAAAGUGCCCGGAACUCAUCAUAUACCAGAAGAAUUAUAGUCAGAAAUGGAGGGACUUGAAUAACGUUAUGGAAAUGUAGAUUUCCAAAUUGCCUUUACACUGUGCAGCAUUUUAUCUGUAUACUGACAGCAGUCAUAGUAGGUAAUUGUAAUUGACUGUAAUGUUGGUUGCUAAUACUGACCUGACCUGGUGCCUAAAUAAAUUCAUUUUCCAUUAGGUACAUGUAGUUGUAGUUACACUAUAUGGACAAAAGUAUUGGGACACCUGACCAUUACACCAAAAGGAACUUUUACAUAGAUAUUAAUAUGUAGUUGAUCCCCCCUUUGCAGCUAUAACAUCUUCUACUCUUCUAGGAAGGCUCAAACCUGGCUGCUACAUAAAUUCCCCCUAUAUAUGGCUACACCUGGAAUUACAGUAACAGCAGAUGCUUGUUAGCCAGUGAAAGAGUCUGAAAGUACUCCAGUUAUUACUGCCCUUCCCAUCUCUACCUACAUUCUACAGACUGUUUCAAAUCUACCAUACAGAACUGAACUAUUAAAUAACUCUUUAUGGGACAUUGCGAGUUUGUUAGAUUUUUCUGGAUUUCUGAACUUGGCUUGUCCUGAUUACUCUUUGUUAGCUGCUUUACUGACUUAUUGACUUGUUUUGCAGACUACUCUGACUUCUGGAUUCCCCUGACUGUAACCUGUUCCUGUCUACAUUAAGCCCAGCCAUUAUAAAGUGACUACACCAAACGACUCAAAAUAAUACAUUUAAUGUACUUGUUAAAUGCUAUGCCAUCACGGGGACAAUUUUCUUUCUUAGGGUGUCAAGUUUUCUCAAAGGUGACAUAAGCGCAGAAAAUCACUUUGUUAAAUUUACAAAGUGAAAAGGGCAUCUAAUAUAUUUGGCUCUGUGACUUACCAAUGUUUAAUUUAUUUUUUUAAACUGUUCCGUGGUGGUACUCUGAGAUGAUGUAUAAUAAAAACUACUGAGGCUUUAUUGAACUAACUGAACAAACUAUAUUUGGAUUAUGACAUUUUUGUGAAAAUUGAGUUUGUGUGUGGAAAAAGCACAAAUAAAAAAUAUAACCACUAAUGGGAUCUGUAUUUGUGAUACAGUGGGUAGUCCAAACACUUUAAAAUAUGCCAUUUAGAAUACUCUGG